GGGUUGAUUAAACAACAAGCAUAAUGACGUCAGUUAGCUGACAACAUAUUAUUACUGUUCUAAUUUUGUUGUUUUAUUUCCUUGAUUGGCUCCCACCCAAUUGUAUUCCAAAGUUUGGAGCUAAGUCAACACUGUUGUGGUGUCAUACAGUACUAAAAUUGCUCACUCUGAGUCCGUUGGAACAGUGGGCCUUGUCCUCAUCAUGUCUGGCGCUUCAGCCAAUCAGGCCAUUGCUUCCUGUACCCCUGCCGCUCAGUCAGACUCUAAGUAUGUCAAGCUUAAUGUUGGAGGCACCCUACACUUGACCACCAUUGACACCCUCUGUAAACAAGACACAAUGUUGAGGGCAAUGUUCAGUGGACGAAUGGAUGUUCUUCAUGAUGUUGAAGGUUGGGUACUCAUAGACAGGUGUGGUAAACAUUUUGGCUCCAUAUUAUCUUUUCUGCGAGAUGGUUCUAUCACACUACCAGAUUCAAGAAGAGAACUGGAUGAAUUACUCCAAGAAGCUAAAUACUACUGUGUGCAGGAACUUGUGCGGCAAGUGGAUGCAGCCAUGAAUAUACACGACCCAGAACCCAUCUGUCAGGUCCCCCUUAUCACAUCACAGAGAGAAGAGCAGAUGCUGGUUUCUAAAACAUCAAAGCCUGUUGUCAAGCUUAUCUGCAAUCGCCACAAUAACAAGUAUUCUUACACAAGCAUGUCAGAUGACAAUCUUUUGAAAAAUAUGGAGCUUUUUGACAAACUAUGUUUGCGAUUCAACGGGCGAGUUCUAUUCAUAAAGGAUGUGAUCGGAAGCAAUGAAAUUUGUUGCUGGUCGUUUUAUGGUCACGGCCAAAAAAUAGGGGAAGUCUGUUGUACGUCAAUUGUCUAUGGUACAGACAAGAAACAUACCAAGGUUGAGUUCCCAGAAGCUAGGAUAUUUGAAGAGACAUUAAAUGUAUUACUGUAUGAACACAGAGGAAAGGGGCCUGAUGCUGAAUUGAUGCAGGCCACCAGAGGCAAUAGGGGCAAUGGUUACCACAGUGAUGAUGAGGAUGACAAAUUGGACAGAGCUCUGCGCAGAAAGUGAUGUGUACAUGAACGUUUCAUGACGGCACUAAAAAUCUGAGGGCAUUUUAGUAGUUAUCAUGGUUUGACCACAGUGAUUUGACUCAAAGCUUGAGAUGUCGCCCGUUUGACAUUAUGUUCUAUUUAUUUAUUUUGUAAUCUAUGGCCUGUGUAAGACAUUGGUGGCAAGCAUGUAGCUCAAGCUGGAUUGUUCGAGUUUGUAUUGCUGGUGAUAACACACUAACCCAUUCAUUGUCACGUCUAUUGCUAAAUGCAUAGUAGAAAUACCCAAAAUGCAAGUGCCUAUUUCCUGACUCUUUUUAAGUAGACUCAGAAUAAGGCACUUGGCUGUAAAUUUUCAACAAAAUUUUAACAGAAUAACAUUUGUAAACCACAUUCAUACAAUAACAAAUUGAAUACUAAUGCACUGUAGAUCAUACUCAGUUUUAUUUUUGCUGCAAGAGUUACUUUGUUAUUUUAAGUCUAUUUUAAAAUGUGUUGAUGGCAAGUAAUUAAUUCAUUAUUUGAAUGGUUGGUGGGUUUUUUUUUUUUUAAAUGCAGUACAAUGCCAUUUUAUAAUUGAUGCUCAAUAGACUUAGACUACUAUUACUAUAUAUUGAGAAUUCUUAUUAAAAAAACAACUAAUGUAACAAAAUGUACAGGUGUUUGUUAAAAUGUACAUAUACACAUCACUGCAGUUAAAGCAAAGAAUAAAUUGUGGAUUUAAUUGACAAUGUAUGAUCACAUUGAAAAUCUCUGAUUUAAGAGUAAAUGUUAUUUAGACCAUAAUUGUAUUUUGUUUAUAUAUUAAUUAUUUAAUGGAUGAUUGUUUGCUAAUAUCUGGAUGUGGAUAUUAUGAUUGUGUUGUCAAUAUUUAUUUAUUAAGAAUGCCAAAAAUACGUGAAAAAAAAUCUCUGAGUUAAACCCUAAAAUGUUGAUGCAGGCAAUACAGAACACAAAAAUAAAACCUCGUAAAAAAUAGAACAUGUUUGUAAUCCAAAAUGUUUUGUAAUUUACUAAAGCGAUACAUUAGUUAGAAAAAAAUAGUAGCAUCUAAUAAGCUGCAUAAAAAUGUAAUUAAAACUUAGAAGCUCUGUUUGCCUCUUAUUUUGGUCUUGUGCAUUUUUUAUUUGCUUUUUAAUUUUAUCAAACUAUAAGUAUGUAUUGAUGAUAUUAAUGUCACUGGUAUUCAAUAAAAUAAAAACUUACUUCAAAAUUUUCUAGGUUUAUUUAAAAUGUAGUUAACAAUCAAAGUGUAUACUCUAGUACUUCUGUAACAAGAAGAUAAAAUUACAAUAAGUUUUGUUGAGU